CUAUAUAAGCAUCCAGUGCUUGCUUAAAGGAAUCACAUCCUUCCAAAGUCUCAAGCACAAUGAAGGGGUUGGCAGUGAUCCUCGCGAGCCUCAAUUUCCUGGCGGUUUCGCUCGCCGUUCCCGAUCGGCUUGGUGGGCAUCAUAACCACCCUCCGCAUGCCCACCCGCCUCCACCUCCUCCCCCAACUUACCGGCCUUACAUCACUACCCCUACCCCAAACUACCGGCCCUACACCACUGCCACUACCCCAACCUACCGGCCCUACACCACUGCCACUAACCCAACCCACCGGCUCUACACUUCUGCCACUACCCCAACACACCGGUCCUACACCAUUGCCCCUCCCCCAACAUACCUGCCCCCCACACCCCCUAAACCACCAACAUACUUGCCCACCACCGCUACCAGGACCCCAUCCUAUACAUAUGGGCCAACAACAACAACAGAGAAGCCGAAGUACUGGUUCGAGUGGACAGUAAACGACCAUUAUAACAAAUAUAACAUGAAGGAACACCGUGACGGAGAAAAGACCGAGGGAUUCUACAACGUUUUACUUCCUGACACGCGAGUCCAGAAAGUCACUUACACUGUCGACGGCGACUCCGGUUUCGUGGCUGAAGUUACUUACGAAGGAGAGGCGAAGGAACCUACACAUGGACACGCUUAUCUGCCUCCUACUCCUCCUACACCUCCUCCUUCCAUCUAUGGUGCUCCUCAUUAUUCUCGAUAAGCUUCUCUCAAUUAUUUAUUACUUAAUAUUCUAGCCUUACCAAAAGUAACAUAUGAAUGGCAGACUAACAAUCAUCAAUGAUUUUCUGAUGUGACUAAAGAGCCGAAAUAAAGUAAUUGGCAGCUUAAAGCCAUAUGUUAUAUAUAUGUAUGUAUAUAAAUAAAUAUUAUAUUAUAUACAUAUAUACG